AGCUCCCAGUUCUUGCGAAUUGAUGAAGGGAAAUAUUUAAUUUCUUCUAUUUAUUUGUUUUCUUUUUUUCUCUAUUUAAAUAAAUAAAUAAGGGCUGUUCCUUUGAGAAGUGGAGGUGGUACCUUCGAAGUAAUGGCAAAGCCAUCGAGCAGAAGUCAGAAGUCACUGAAAGAUGCUCUGAUACAGAAAGAGUCUCCAAACACCACACCGCGCGUUGUCAUAGUUAUGGACGCACUGCGAGAGUUCAGCAUUGACCCACUUAGAUGGGCUCUUGAAAAUAUUAUUCCUGCUGGCUGUGUUGUUACUCUCCUUGGAAUAAUGCCCUGGCUUAAUAUUCCUUUAUCCUCAAAGACCCAAGAAGUUUGGGCUUUGGAGUUGGAAGAAGUAUUCAUGGCGCAAGAUACUAAUGAACCAAAGAUGGAUCCCAAGCUUCUGAAACUUAAACAAGUGGUGGAUCUCUGCGAAACAUUUGGGGUUGUCCUACAAAAGGAAGUUGUGAUGGGGUUUCCUUUGAAAUGGAUGGUGGUUGAAAAAAUUACAAGCCUUCAUGCCACAUGGGUAGUAUUUGAUAGAUAUCAAAAAAGGAAGAGACGAUUCUUCGCCCACAGAAUACCAUGUAGUAUGGUAAUAAUGAAUGAAAACAGUGAAGCAGAUAUGAUUAAAGGACAACCAAUGAUUGAUAAUGGAGAGUUGACUCCCACUCCCUUCUCUUUGAUUCCAACUCCUCAGCUCAUAAUUUCUGACGGUUGUAAGGCUGGCCAAGGACAAAUUAACAAUCAUAUCAUGAGGAAUUGAAGCUUUGCAA